CAGUCACCUGCCCAUCCCGCCACCUGCAUCAUGCACCUCGCUGUCUCCUUCCGCUUGGCCCGGUCGCACUGCGCUUGCUAUUUCCAAGGUUAACGUAGCAACCACUGUCACGUGGCCUCCUGUCUUGGCGCGUUUCCCAAACGACAUACAAGAGCAUCCUUUCGCAUCCCGCCACGCUCGCACUCCCCCCAUUCUCCAGCACGACUGAUACCAUGGACGCGAAACGCGGCAACCGCUUCGCGCUGUUCGCCGAAGACGAUGAGAGCCUCUCGCCGAGCCCCGAGGCUCCCAACAAGUUCAGCCCAUUUGCGAACCAGGUUGCGGAGGACAACGCGAAUUCCUGGCACGAGGUCAAGCGCGGAGCGCAGAGGACGAAGUCGAAGGCGAAGACACUAAUCAUCCGCGAUGAGAACAAGGUGCCCUCCGCUCACCACGGGCCGAAGCAGACGCGCACGUUCUCCGGCUCGACGCAGACCAGCACCGACAAGCCCGAAGACCCGCACGAGAAUUGGUGCGGCGUCUGCCACAUAAAGUUUCCCUGCAAGAAUGCUCUCCUCACGCACAUUAAGCAGGUGCCGAAGCACGAGAACUAUUGCAACCUCUGCAAGCGCGUGUUCAAAGACCGGAACGGGCUCAAGAACCACGUCGACUACUCUCUGGGACACGACAUAUUCUGCAACCUCUGCCUGAGCGCAUUCAAGGACUCAUGGGGCUUGAAGAACCACUUCGAGAACAACUAUCACGUCGGACACGAGUUCGUGUGUCUGACUUGCUUGCUGGGCUUUCGUAGCAAGAUCGAGCUGGACAAGCAUUUGCAGACGGGCGAGAAGCAUGUGUGGUGCCACACGUGCCACCGCAAGUUUCGCAAUCAAGAUGAGCGGGACGCGCAUUGGAUCAAUACAAUGAAGCACAAGCACUGCCUCCAGCCGGGCUGCGACUUUGACGCACCGAACAUGGUCGUUCUGGAGCAGCAUCUUGAAGAAGACCACUUCCGGUGCGAGGGAUGCAAACGCAUCUUCCCCAGCCAGACGAAGCUCGCCCAGCACCACGAGCACUGCAAGUUCGGCAUCCGAUGCCCAAACUGCGGCGAGCCUUGUCCAGGUCAGGUGGGACUGGCGGCUCAUCUGGAUGCGUGCUUCUCCUGCCCCGAAUGCGGGUACCACACAAACCACGAGGGCAACUACCACAUCCACAUGACCAAGCACGCGACCGCAACCCUCACCUGCUGGGGCUGCGCCACCCCAAUGCGCACCCACAGCAGUCUUAUCAACCACCUGGAAUCUAGCCGGUGCCCACGUCUCCCCGACCCCUCCCUGUUCACGCUCUGCCUCGGUCGAUCCUGGUAUUCCCCGCUCUACAUGGACCUUGACCUUCACGCGCAGAUCCGCUCCGGCUGGGUCAAUCUCAGGGAGGUGACGAGCUGGAUGAACCAGGGCCUGCUCUCGCCAUUCAUGUGCCGGGCUCGUGGCUGCGAUAAGGCGUUUGGCCACUUCAGCUCCUUAGUGCUGCAUGUAGAGAGCCAGGCGUGCGAGUGGGAUGUCGAGCGGCUGCGGCUGGAUCUGCUGAGGCAGGAGUUUGUGGACACGUGCUUGAGGAGGGAUAGCAUGGUUGAGUGAGAGGCCUUUUCGGGCCUUAGUGGAUGGUCACACGGUGUCAGGCCUGAGAGACGUAAUGGGCGGUCUAAUGGCGAUGAGGAACGGACUUGGUAUGCCCGGGUCUUUUGGUGCUGCGGAUGGUGGAGUUUGAGCGGCGCCUCAGACUUGCUCGGCCAUCUGCCGCCUGGGUCCAUCGACAUCCAUAUCGAAUGGACCGCC